GGAGAGCAGGUUCUGAUUGGUGGAGUGCUAAACAAGCAGAAGAGUCAGGAUGACAUCAUCACAGAGUUUGGAGACUCUGCUUCCUUCACGUUAUCGUUACUGGGACACAUUUACUGUAAGACAGAUCGUGUUGUUAAAGGCGCCGAGUGUUUCCAGAGGAGUUUAACUCUCAACCCGUUCCUCUGGUCGCCCUUCCAGAAGCUCUGUCACUUAGGAGAAAAACCAGAUCCAGAUCAGGUCUUCAGGUUGUCUCUACAGAAUGUGUCUAUAGCUCAGCCACCUCCCUCUGUAAGCCCCGCCCAAAACCCCUCCCACCGCCUAGACACUGCCCUCAUGGAGACGCCCCAGGACACACUGGAGCUGAACCGCCUCAACCUAGAGUCAUCCAAUGGAAAGCUGACGUCUGAUUUGUCUGUUUCCUACAUUGACUCUUCCCUCAUCUCCCCGGAGACUGGCUCCCUAUUGGGUAAUCCUGUUUCCAUGGCCACUGCUGGAUCCCUACUAGGUAAACAGAACAAGCCCAAGAGUGGACGGAGUUUACUGGGAGGACCUGCAGCCCUUAGCCCUCUCACACCCAGUUUUGGCAUCCUGCCCCUGGAGCCUAGCCCUGGAGACCCCACAUAUCUACAAAACUAUUCAGCUACCAUGGAAACACAAUCUACAGCUCCCAGCAAGAAGUCUGUCUCCAGGAUCAGUCAGUCAAAAUCUGUCUUCAGUCAGACAGGUAACAGUAGAGACGUUCUCCCCAUCCCCUUCAACCAAUCACAGACCUCCGCCCCUCACACCAGUGGGUCUCCUCAGGUGCUCAGCCCCAGUAUGUCUGGUCCUCCCAACGUUCAGCCCAGAAGAAGCUCCAGACUGUUCACCAGCGCCAGCUCUACUGCCAAGGAGAACAGUAAGAAGCUGAAAAUGAAGUUCCCCACGAAGAUCCCCAACAGGAAGACCAAAUGCAAAUCAGCAAAGACAUCCAACAGCAGCAACCUGAACGAGAGCCUGGACAUCCUGAGACUGGAUCCUGGUCUGAGCCUGCCGGACACCAAGAGCCCGCAGUACCAGAGAGCUGCAGCAGACAGCGUGAUGGCGUUGCUGCGGGAACUUGGGCGUGGUUACCAGGCACUGUGUUCCUACAACUGCAGAGAAGCCAUCAACAUCCUGAGCUCACUGCCCCCCCCCCACUACAACACCGGCUGGGUUCUCACACACAUCGGUAGGGCCUACUUUGAGCUGGCCGAGUACACGCAGGCCGAGCGUCUGUUCAGCGAAGUCCGCAGGAUCGAGUCAUAUCGAGUGGAAGGGAUGGAGAUCUACUCGACAACCCUUUGGCACCUGCAGAAAGAUGUGGCACUGUCUGCCCUAUCCAAAGACCUGACGGACAUGGACAAAAACUGUCCUGAGGCCUGGUGUGUGGCAGGAAACUGUUUCAGUCUGCAGAGAGAACACGACAUUGCCAUCAAGUUCUUCCAGAGAGCCAUCCAGGUGGACCCGGGAUUUGCGUACGCCUACACUCUGUUGGGUCAUGAGUUUGUUCUGACGGAGGAGUUGGACCGGGCUCUCGCUUGUUUCCGGAACGCCAUCAGAGUCAACAACCGCCACUACAAUGCCUGGUACGGUCUGGGGAUGAUUUACUUCAAACAGGAGAAGUUCAACUUAGCAGAAAUCCACUUUAAGAAAGCUUUGAGCGUCAACCCUCAGAGCUCUGUGCUGCUCUGUCACAUCGGAGUGGUGCAGCAUGCGUUGAAGAAGUCUGAUACAGCUUUAGAGACACUGAACAGAGCGAUUGGGAUCGACCCUAAAAACCCUCUCUGCAAGUUCCACCGAGCAUCCAUCCUGUUCGCCAACGACAAGUACAAGGCGGCUCUUCAGGAGCUGGAAGAGUUGAAGCAGAUUGUUCCAAAAGAGUCUCUGGUUUACUUCCUUAUAGGAAAGGUGUAUAAGAAGCUGGGGCAGACUCACCUGGCUCUGAUGAACUUCAGCUGGGCGAUGGACCUGGAUCCUAAAGGAGCCAACAACCAGAUCAAAGAAGCCAUCGACAAGAGAUACCUGCCGGAGGACGAAGGUGAGACAGCUACUGAGAGAGGGCACCAAGCUGCAGACAGUCAGGACAGCAGCAUCAUGACGGAUGCCGACGACACGCAGCUUCACACGGCAGAGAGCGACGACGUCCUCUAGCCCCGCCCCCUGCCCUGAUUGGCCGGAGGAGUACUGUUGCUAGGCAACAUUGUGACCGACUGAUCUUCUCCUCCCUGUCCUCUGAUUGGCUGAAACAGACUGCUGAAGCCCCGCCCCUCCUCAUCACAGCUGUUUUUUUAUGUUCUUUUUAUCGUGGUAAUGGAAAUAAUCAAUAAAAAGUUGUAAAUCCUG